CAUUUUCCUCUUUUUUUGUGGAAGCCCCAAAACCCCAAACCCCCUAAACCCCUGCAAUCCCACCAUCGCUGUGGCCGACCCGCCACCAUGAAUUCCUCCUUCAACACCACUCCUAAUUUCGACAACCUCCUCCUCCAAUCCCUAAUGGGCAGGCUCCAAAUCCGCCCUUCACCGCCUCCAAACCCUGCUUUGCUCUCCGCCAAAUCCCUCGAAGACCUCCUCCUCAACAACCUCCUCUCCGACCAUAAAGACGACCCCGAUGAUGACGAAGACGACGACGACAACGACGGCGUCGAACCCUCCUACAAAUCCCAGCUCGCCAGAGAAGAAUCCAAGCUCGAGAAGGAGAUCAUCCGCACAAUCCACAGCGGCAACACCGACUCUCUCAAGCCCAAUUCCGGCCAGGCCGUGACAAUCGGCGAGCAUCACAUAUGCGUAGGGUUUCACGAGGACGAGGACUCGGAUUAUCGCGUCUGGGAGUGGCACGGCCAUAUCAUUCUGUUUGACGAUGAGAAUGGGUACAAUCCUGAGUACAUAUAUGGGAAUUAUUUUGAGAGACUCGCUGCUAAGACGGCAAUGAAGAAGAAGCAGGGUGAAGAGAAGCAGGCGGAGAAGGAAGUGGAGAAGGUCGGGAAUAUGGGAUUGAGGGAGUUGAUAGAGUCGGCGGAGUCUAAUUCUGAGGCUCGGAUUCUUAGGAGGAAUAUCAAUGCCGGCUCUCAAAAUUUUAUACCAGGUUCUAGUUGAGAAGUUUGCCAAGUGCUCAGCAAGCGUUCUUACUCUAAGCGCACAUUGAGGUUGCUCCUUUUCCCUCAGCUGCAUGGUGAAGCACCUUUUGGUUCGAAUGGCAUUUUCCAUAAUUUCUAAUUGAAUGGUACGAAGUUUAGCAGAGUAUUGGCUUGUUGUCAUGGGCAGCUGAAACUGCACUUUAUGGGUUGCAUUCUCAGCAGGGGUUCUAUACAACUUGAAGCCAAUGCUACAAACUUUCAAUAAAGGUGUUAUUUGAUACAAACAAUGUUACAUGUCAGGUGGUUUUAAUGUUUUAUGCACAUUGUCAUCUAUAUAUAAUUUUUCAUAUUUUGCUGUUUGGCACCCUAAGUGAUGUUUCUUCUGUGCUUAACAACAAAAAGUUUGAUUUGAGUACAACAAAAAGUUUGUCAGGA